AUGGAGGCCAAAAAGCACCAAAUCAAGUCGCGUCUGGCGUCCGUCGAGCUGCCCAUCAAUGUGGUAAACGAGGACCGUGCGCUGACUAUGCUGGGAGGUCCUGAAAAGGUGGCACGAGCCAUCAAAAACUCCGACAAGCUGGAGCUGCGAUUCAGACCGGAAGACCACUUUGCACACCCCGUCAAUUCGGUGCUCUCAAACGACCAGCACGUGCUGCUCGAAGUCAAGCUGUCGAAAAAACUGCUGGAGAAACACAAUGGAGACGUGCGAGCUGCUCUUAAGGCACAGGAACAAGAAACGGGGAAAAGCUCCGACUACAAAUGCCACCAUAUCAGCUCGACACAACGAUUCCGAGAAAUGGCUGAUUUUCAAUGGUGCACCAAAAACUCGCCAUUUGUGCACAAGGUGGAGGCCUCGCUGUUUGCUGGAGACCUCCAAAGAAUCAAAGAGCUGGAGCUGGAGGGACCUGGUGAUCUCACAUCUGUCGAAAUCGACUCAAUUCCACCUCCUCGAUUUUCGCUCAUCCAUUACCCUUUCCCUUACUACUACAAACAGAACCCCAUGGUCACUGUCGUCAAAGAUGGCUCUUCUACAAAGCUAGUGAACGCCAAUGCUGCACCCAAGCUGUACUCCUGGGUACUUACAGCAACAGACCCAGCCCCCACUGGCCCUAGAAAAGAGCUUGCCCCUCUUCCUGAGCCAGAUGCUGAGAUGGACACUUCCAACGGAGACGCUAGACGUGACUACUCCGGCAAACCCGCCCAACAGGUGCACGAGAAGCUACUCAGACAAUGUGUGGAUGAGCUGCAGGAGCUCUUCAGAGAACGGCCUCUUUGGACUCGCCAGGGACUGCGUCAUUACGUUAACAACCCCGAGCUCAAACACAUUCUCAGAUUCGCAUUGCCCUAUGUGGCUUACUAUUUCCGAUCUGGACCCUGGAGAGGAGCCUAUGUGGUGUACGGAAAGGACCCCAGAACUGACCCCAGCAUGCGGUUCUACCAGACAGAAGCUUUUCGAAUCAGCGACAACCAAGACGAAAAGACUGAGAAGGUGGAGGAUGACUUGGCCGGUCUUGCCCCUCCCGUUCAGCCUGCUGCUCAAAAGGCACUUCCCCUGCCGUAUGUCUUUGACGGAAUUCAUCCUCCCGAGUCGCAAACUCUGCAGCUGUGCGACAUUACUGACCCUCUCUUGUACGAGAAAAUCCACAGUGCCCCUGUUCGAGCCAAGUACGACGUUCUGGACGGCUGGUUCGAGUACAAUGACAUCAGCAAGAUUCGAAAGGCUCUCCGAGCCAAGGUCCGAGGAACUAUUCUUAGGGAGAACUCCGACGAAACCGUGCAGGCCAUCUUUGACGCCGAGGAAGAGCAGCGACCUGAAGGUGAUGUUGAAGAGAAUCAGGUUGCUGAGGACGACGAAGAGGACGUUGUGGAGGUUGUGGACCCCGAGAUGCAGCCUGAGACUACAGAGGCGGCUGUUAUUACCGAAUCCUCUUCGGAGCCCCCUGUGGAGGACCCUGAUCUCAACAUGUUCAGUCUUCAUCUUAACAACGUCAAGAGCCUGCGAGACCUGUCGGGUAUUUCUCAGCAGCGAAUUGACGAUAAGGAUAAAGAUAAGGAUACGGGCAAGGACGAGGGCAAGGACGAGGGCAAGGGCGAGGGCAAGGGCGAGGGCAAGGGCGAGGGCAAGGACGAGGACAAGGAAUGGUAG